GCACCACAAUGCAGUUUAUUGAACUAGAUUUUUACUACUUCUCAGGGUUAUACUCUCCACUAUGGCAUUGUCCCUCUAAUAUCUUUCUCUAUUCAUUUGCUACUCUUCUUUCAUUUCAUUUCUUACUUCAGUUGCUGCUGUUGCCAUCAAAAUAAGAGGAAAUAUCGGAUCUUAAGCCAAUUUGAGAACAUUGCUCUUUAACAGGGCUUGAUAGUCUUACAGAUUGAAAACAUCAUCAUGCAAGUGGUGUUGGGGACUUCAUGUUGCUUUUUAGCUUUGGGGCAGGAGAAAUCUAAAAAUAUCAUGAUUCUUGGCCUUGUAAUUGAUGAAUUUCUGACAUGACAUGCGCAUUGCUGCUGAUGUGUUACCUACUAUGUCAACAAUAGAGGACAGAAUGUGUUACAUCAGGAGUGGUGCAGUGAAGCAUUUUUCUAAUGAAAAUAUUGGUGCAUGUUUAAUGUCAACUCUGAAGCAAAGGGAACAUGGCAAGGAUACAACAGAGAGAAACGAUUUCGUUGUUCAGAAAUCCACUCAGUGCAUUUUUAGUUUGCAGAAGCAGUUCGCUGCCCCACUACUAUUCACUAAACAUUGAAGCUAGCCUUAAUUCAUUUGUUUUGGAAAACAUUUAUGGAUCAUUUUUGAUGAAUUGCAUUAUUGUAGGUCGGUAAUUGGUGAAAUCUGAUUUCACUGGAUGCAAGUCUGUAGACUUCUACCAUGAGGGAUGGUUUUAUUUGUAUACUUCUACUAUGAGGGAUGGUUUUACAUACAUGGGACUUGAUCCUAAGCCAUAAAAGGGAUACUUAAUAUACUUGCUAUGAAGUUUUUCUGUUAAAUUACAUUUUAUUUACUAAGAUUCAAAUGGCUUUUGAUAUAAGGUGAUUUAUAUAAUUGACUUUUUUUCUCUUUGAAUCAAAUGUCCUAAUAUCCCCUGCAUCUAUCCAUCACUGGACAAAUAUAAUUUGUAUUUAUUUAAAUUUAUAUUGGUUAUCUAUAAUUGUACGGUUUCCCUUCAUUGAGUUCCUCUCUGUACAAAGUACAAAUCUUAGAGAUCUCUCCUCCCUUUUUUUUCUUUGCUGUGAAUGGUAUAUGUCCUCUGCCUACUUCAAGCAAUUAAUAAUCUGUGUUUUCUCACAGAUAAUUCACUAUUCAAGUGGCGAUCCAUAGUAGCGGAAAAUCUAAAUCUUCCAAGGUUUUGACAUCAUAAAUAGCCUGUUCAGGCAGAUUAUAUCACUCUUCCUGUUUCUUCCUGAUUGGUUUUCAUAUUUAGGGAAUAGUGAUAGGAUGAAGCUCAUUAAUACCUUAAAAAGUCUCCAUGUUUCUGCUGCCUCAUCCAAGAGAAUUAUAGGAUUACAACAUUGCUUCUUCAGCACCGAUGUUGCAGCAGGGGACUCAAAGUCCAAAAGCUACAAAUACCCAGCAGUCUAUGAUCCAUAUGGACCUAGAUCCCCUCCAUCUGACAAAAUUCUGCAGCUUGCUGAUCGCAUUGCUGCCCUCCCAAUGGAAGAGCUGAAACAGAUUGGGCCUACUCUCUUGGACAGGCUGAAGCAACCCAAGCCACAACCAAUAUCUUCUGCAGGUUUUAAUUUUGGCCCGGAGAUGGGUGCUUCUUCAGCGAAGGCAGAGGAGAAGAAAGCAGAGAAGACAGCAUUUGAUGUCAAAUUGGAGAAGUUUGAUGCUGCUGCAAAGAUCAAGGUGAUCAAAGAGGUUAGGACAUUCACCAGUCUUGGGUUGAAGGAGGCCAAGGAUUUAGUAGAGAAGGUACCAGUUUUGUUGAAGCAAGGUGUCACCAAGGAGGAGGCCAAUGACAUCAUAGGGAAGAUAAAGGCAGCUGGUGGUGUUGCUGUAAUGGAGUAAAGGCUUAUUUAUCAAGAUGCCGAAUUCACAAUUGUUGAGAUAACAUUCUUUUUAGUGUCAAAGUUUGAUGGUACAUGCAUAAAUUGAUGUCAAAGCUAUAACUCCAUACAUGCGGACCUUUCCAGACAUGUAUCAUUCUUGAUAUGCAUGUGUUUUGGGUGCGGAAGAAGCCUUUCAUGUUGCAAAAGGUGUUUGAGUCCAUUGCUCUUGCUGAGACAGGUUUGUUGGUGGCUUUAGUUGAAGGGCAUCAGCUAAGAGGUAAAAACUCAGAAGUCGGCUCCAUCUUUAUUAUCAUAAUUUGAGUUUCUUUAAACCUUUAUUUUUUGUGAGUGAUCACUAGUGUACUAAACUUUUGAAAGCCUCAUCUUUCAUGAAUAAUUGAACCGUUUAAAGUCAUGGAUGGUAAUGGUUCCUAUAUUCAUAAAUGGUUGUAGGUUCUCUUAUCUUCUUCACAUUGUCUUUUGCUGCAAAUAACCAGAACAAAAUGGCACUUGUAAAGACUGGACCAGCCAUUUAUCUGGUUUGUUGUAAAAAUUGGCAUUUCUAUGAUGAAUUAAAAUUGGAAGUGAAUGUUAGCU